AUAUCCGCCCGGUUGUCAGUCAGUGAAUUAGCACCCCGAUCUCUGACUGUUUAUUUAUUUGCAAAAUUUAAUCGGACGUAUCGCUCGUUUUGUGCUAUUUAUAAACAGAAACAACUCAUACGGGUACUAAAAAUAACUUUACUAACACUCCGUGGUGCCACAACCUGAGUAUUAAACAAUAAAAACGCUUUAUUCCUUUAAAAUGCGUUACUUAUUUCUUACAACUAUAUUUAGUGUCGUAUUUGCUUAUGAGAAAGACAUGACUAUAAUUGUGCAGCCUGGGAAAAUAGAUUGUUUCUUCCACAAAGUCGUGACGGACGAAAUCAUUGAUAUUGAGUACCAGGUGAUAGACUCGACCCACGGCGACCUGGACAUAUCGUUCCAGAUGUCGGACCCGACCGGCCGCAUGCUCGUCACCGACUACAAGAAGCCGGAGAACUCACACAGACACACCGCGACACUGGACGGCGACUACAGAUUCUGUUUCGACAACAGUUUCAGCACUUUUAGCAAGAAAACUGUGUUCUUCGACAUGCUGAUAGAGGGAGAGGAUCCGGAUGAAAGAGACUAUGAUGAUGAUAAGGAGAUGGAACUUGGUAACGCGGCAGAGACCUACAUGAUGCGAGUGCGGGAUAUAUCGGAGUCUGUGACUCGCGUCAAAGACAAGGUGUCGACGGCGCGGCGCCUGCAGGAGCUACACUCCGCACACGAGGCCAGGGAUCGAAACCUCGCUGAGGAUAUGUGUGCCAGAGUCCUGAAAUGGUCGAUAGGCCAUGUUGUACUGAUGUUGUUGGUAGGAAUCACACAGGUAAUAUUUGUAAAAAGUCUGUUCGAAGAUACGAGAAACUAUAGAAAGUUAGUUCCCGGCUUCUCGUCAUGAUGGCAGCAGUGAUGAUCACACUGUCAUAGGUAUGAUGGUUGAUGGUCGAAGGUGGCAAACUAAACAUUUUGUUAAUUAGUCGAGUUCCUCGUCAAACAAGCAUGCAUACUACAUAGCUACAGUUUUAAAUGUACUUUCGGUCUAUAUAUACCGUUAGUAUGAGUUUGCUUUACGUUUAAGCAUAGGCGUAACCAGGUUUUAGUAUCGGGAGGGGUUCAAGAAAGUAAAACGAACAAAACUUCCCUCAUGAACUUAAAAAACAAUCUACAUAAUAUGUAAUAAACAGAUUCAUACAGGGGUUUGGGGGUUUGAACCCCCAACCCGUGGCUACGCCUAUGCGUUUAAGUCUUUGACUGUCGAUAUAAAACUGUUGAAUGCAAAUCCUCCGCUAACGUCGGUCACCGGUGACCACCACGGCGUUCAAUGUGUUAAAGUAAUCGAAACGAGAACGUGUUCGGCGCUCUGAUUGGCCGGCUCGAAUAAACCAACCAAUCAGAGCGCCGAAUGAGUGCGCGUUCACUGCUCUGAUUGGCUGGUGCGAAUGAAUCAACCAACGAGAGAGUCAACGCGUAAAUUCGUACUAAGUGUACUGAUUGGUUGAUUUAUUAAAGCCGGCCAAUCAGAGCGCCGAACGCGGUAACGAUUCUGUCUCGUUAAACGUCAAACAAACUUGUACUAAGCCCUCUGAUUGGUUGGAUUAUUCGAGCGGGCUAGUCAGCGCUGAACGUGCUCCUGUUUCGAUUACUUUAAACGUAUAGCAAACUCAUAUUAAGGGUACUAAAGUCAAACAAAGUCAAAAGUCAAAAUUAUUUAUUUCAAAUAGACCAGGAAUGCACUUUUGAACGUCAAAGCAAAUAUAAUAAUAUUAAUAACGUCUGUCUGUCGGUCAGUCCUCUAGUGAAGCUAUUUGCUCGUUCCAAAGUGUAGAUUCCUAUGGAGAAGAACGAGCAAGAAACUCCAUAGGUUACUCUUUUUCAAUCAGAUUUACAAUACAAUUCUUGGUUACAUUGUUUCGUUGGUUCAAUUUAUUGAAAAAGGAUUAGAUAGAAAAUGUCUAAAAUUUUAGAAAAUAGAUUUAUUUCUUUAAAAAGUCCUAUCGGUCGUGUACCUCAGUCCUAUGUAGAUUAAAAAUAAGAAUAAAUAAUGUAAAUAUUAAAUAACAAAGUAUUAGAAUAUGAUAUUAUUUGUUCGUCACAAACAAACACACAAAUGUUUCCUAUUAAUUAUUAAUAAUAAUUAUUAAUAGUAUGUAUUUAGCUACCAGUUUCAUAUAUCGCUCACCUAGUAAUAUAUUGGCACAUCUGCAAUAAAAUGCGAAAUUGACUUUAUACGGUUUACGUGUUUAAAAGUGCAUAUUAAUCUAUUUAUUUCCAUAUUCAUCGAGAGAGGUCGUAAGUGUCAUUAUACCAUUAUUGUAGUUUCCCCCCUCACGCACGUAAAACAACGGUUCAUUGGUCAGUAAAGUAAAAACUAAAUAAGUCAGGUAAACUAUGAAAACCGUAAAUGUGCCAAUAUAUUACUAGGUGUGCGAUAGGUUCAUGAUUAUAGUUACUGCCCAAUAGAUAAAUAAAUUAAACUAUAAUUUUAUUAUAACUUUCGUGAGACAUACUAAAUUAAUUAUUAUGUUAUCGGCUUACUCACAUAACUGUUUGACGAGGAACUCGACUAGUUUCUAGCCAUGCUGUAGUAGUAGCAGCGCGACAAUCGCCGCGUCGUGUGUCGCGGAAUGUUGCUCAUGAAUAUGAGCCUGUAGCAUGGCUUGAAACUAGUCGAGUUCCUCGUCAAACAGUUACGUGAGUAAGCCGAUAACAUAAUACGUAAGUAACUCAAGAAAGAAUUUAGGGUGACUGGUAAUUAGUGAACGAUAUUUAAACACGUGAUUGUACUCAUGAUUACAAACAACUUUCCCGAAGAAACUUUUUUUGUAUAGUCAUUA